AUGGAGUCCCAAAAUGUGUGCUUUCAAAAAUUUCUGUCAGAUAGGGAUGUCCAUGGCAAUCUGGAAAUUCCCAACAGGGCAGAUUAUUUGCCGGAAGGAAAUGAGGUCAUGCGUGUAACUGACCGACACGGAACCACAUACGAAUUCAUAGCCUCUGUAAGGGCAAGUGGGAGGCGUUCUCUGACACGCCACUGGCACACUUUUGCAGUGGAAAAGGGUCUUCGAACCGGUGAGUUGCUACGGAUUUAUCGGUUAGGAAAUGGGAAUGAUUAUGCCGUUCAGCUCCUACUCUCACAAACCUCUAUUGCCAUUUCCAUCCUUCUCUUCCUCAAGAGACUCAAUCUCUGGUCAAUAGUUCCCUAUUUAUCUCUCAAAGUCUCUGUCCAGAGACAGUUUUUGUUCCCCAAGUGUCCUCAAAUGGAGUCCCAAAAUGUGUGCUUUCAAAAAUUUCUGUCAGAUAGGGAUGUCCAUGGCAAUCUGGAAAUUCCCAACAGGGCAGAUUAUUUGCCGGAAGGAAAUGAGGUCAUGCGUGUAACUGACCGACACGGAACCACAUACGAAUUCAUAGCCUCUGUAAGGGCAAGUGGGAGGCGUUCUCUGACACGCCACUGGCACACUUUUGCAGUGGAAAAGGGUCUUCGAACCGGUGAGUUGCUACGGAUUUAUCGGUUAGGAAAUGGGAAUGAUUAUGCCGUUCAGGUUGGCCUGGAAUUUCAUGGACUGUACAUAGUCUGGGAAACUAUGUAA